GCUGUGUGCAUCGAAGGUCAAAGGAUGUAGCACCGCACAGACCACCAACAAUCGCGCCGGCAGCGGACCCCUCCACCCAGCCCAGGCACGUGCGGUGGCCGCCGCCCCAAGUUUUGGAUCUCGCCCUCCAAGCCGCCUCCAAGUUGAACAUUCUGCACCACAAACCCCUCCCAGCACACCAAAAUGGACCGCCAACUUGAACCCCGCCUCCUGAUAGAGUCCAUCACCAAACCCACAAAACUUUCCUCGAAAGACACCUACUCCCACCUGCAAAACUUCCUCCACUCCCUCCCCGUCUCCCCACAACGCACUCAGCUGGAGCGUCUCACCGAUGCUCUCGGUGUCGAAGUCGGCCAGAUUGACAUCAGUGAAGGGGAGAGACGAGAGGCUGAGCGAGAGGCGAGGAGAUUAGAGGCUAGGCAAGAGAGGAGGAAAAAGAGGGAAGAAGAGGAGGAGGCUCGAAAGCAGGCCGAAUUGGAAGGAGCUGUUGAAGGCCUUGAAGAGGAAGAAGAGGGUGACAUGGAGAAUGGCGCUGUCGGUCAGGAAGGGGAGGAGGGUAUGGAGGACAGGGGUGAUGUCGAAUACGGUGAUGUCCCAAACGAGGACGGUGACGAUGAGCCCGACAACGAGGACCAGGCUGAGCAGAUGGACGAAGACUCUGAUUAAAUGAUUGCAUAAAUUGUACAAUAUCAUACCCAGCAUAUAAUGAUACCUCCUACGCACGAUUUGGAACGGAGUCUUCCAUGUCAGCGGCAGGUUUGCAAAGUCAUGGCCAAAAGCGAUGGACAAAGCACGACGAGCUGUACAGAUUAGCGAUCUUGAUCGCCCGAGAUGUACCGCGUCUACGAUAUUGUGUGAUCGAGCAUGCCGGAACCACUCAGUAGCCGAAACUUGCAUAUCAAUAUAUCCAA